CACAAGUUCCCGAGCCCGCGGGCAUGGCGAUGGCGGAGGCGGAAAGCAAUGGCUUCGAGUUCCUGUCGGAUCCCGUGAACAGGUAUGUUCCCUUCACUUUUCUUUCGCCUCUCCGUCCAAGAUGCUGGCAGCGCCGUACAGGAAGACAUCCAACUAUUGCGGGUUGCUUUGUUUUUUGGUAGAUUUCCACCGAUGGAUCUAUCCCACGACAACUCCCUGGAUUAUGACGAAGGCGCUGAAGUUCUUAUCCGUGCCCGAUCAGAUUCCAGCAUGCGCGACGCUGGGGAUGCAGCACUCACAGUGGUUGCCGAUCUGAACAGUACUUGCGAAGCCAUCGCCCUGACGGUGGCACCUUCAGAGACGUCAACAGGGAGGGACGAUCCUCACGCGCCUGGAUGGACAAGAAGAGUCCGUGUUGGUAGAGCGCCAACGGAACGCCCCCCCUGCGCCGGCAGGACAACUGGAAAUGAGAAGACACCAACCGUCAUAGUACCUGUAGUGGGAAGCACAUUUGAUUACUACAAUCUCUAUUCCUGGGAGACUGGAUUUGAAAUAAGUUAUGGCAAGAGCAGGCUUAAUGUGGAAUGGAUAGAACAAAAUGCAUGCAGGAGAUAGUCUAUGGCUGCUCUGUAAAUACAACACUAGAGUUCCAUGCUAGCAAAAUCUACACUAGGGCGAUGUUCGAUAAAUUUGGUGAGAUCAUGUAUGAAGCAACACAAUACUGGAGUUUCUCAUAUCAACAAUGGAAAAACUGACCCCUUUAGCUUCUCAGCAUGAUGGUCUGGGUUUAGAACAGAAUUGAGUUCAACAAACCAAAAGGUAUAGAAUUGAGUGUGUUCCUGAACCGCAAAAGUAUACGGGAGUGCUGCUGAAGGUAGCGCAGUUGGAAAUUUCAUUGGUUUAGCAGCUCCGGAACGCAAACGGAAGGCCGAUUGACUAACAGCAACAGAGACAAGCCUCCAUAUGAUGAUCACAGUGCAAAGAGCAAAAAAAGUAAGUUUCUGCCUCAUGUGGAUACUGUUGUAGGAUGUGGUACAAGCAAAUGAACACGCUUCUGCAGUAUAUGUUGUGAAUCAGGCACAAGAGCACAACAUGUCUACUGUUAGACCAGAGUUAAAAACACUGCCGGUUAGAAAACACUCUUUAGUCCAGUAGUUAGCAAAAUCGAUGCUUCUUCUGGCUUGCUUAUAAAUAUCUUGGCUAUGUUUUACAUUCAAGCUACCCAUUAAUUCUACCGUUUUUAGUACAGAUGUUUGCUAAAAUUAUUGUACCAAUUAUUCUGGGUGAUGUUCUAUAUGCUCAUUGUUAAAACUUUAUAAUGAAAGUAUUUUUCUUCUGAAGGCAAUUGGUGCAGACAUGAUUACAAAAACUGGUUGGGGUUUUCCCAUCCUAACAAAUAUUCACAUUUUCCUUUGCAAACAAAAAAAGGAUAUUUCGCUUCACAAAAAAAUUUACUUUCACCUCACUUGCCUCCAUACAUUUUUUAUAUAAAUAUCUACUGUUCC